UUCUAAGCAAAACAAGUUCCUCAAAAAUGUCAUCAAGUGAAAGUACUUCAACCGAGCUUCUACAUGCUCAAGCUCAAAUUUGGAAUUAUAUUUUCAAUUUUGUAAGUUCUUCGGCCAUAAGAUGUGCGUUUCAAUUAGGAAUUCCUGAUGUUCUCUACAAACAUUAUAAGCCCAUGUGUCUUUGUGAUAUUUCUGCUGAACUGUCUGUCGUCAAUUCUUCAAAGGUUUCCUUCUUACCAAGUUUAAUGCGCUUUCUUGUGCAAUCUGGUUUCCUAAAUCAACAUGAAGAUCACUAUUUUCUUACCCCAGCUAGUCGCCUUCUUGCAAAAGAUGAUCCUUUCAAUGUUAGGUCACUCUUGCUUCUCAAUCAUGGUCAAGCCUUUUCAAAAGCAUGGCCUGAGUUAAGUGAUUGGUUCCAAAAUGAUUCUCCCACUCCUUUUCAUACCGCUCAUGGGAAAUCUUUAUGGGAUUACAUUGGGGAAGAACAACCUAGUGUACUAGGUGAUAUUUUCAAUGAUGCAUUGGCUAGUGACUCAAGAUUGAAUACCAAUGUGCUUAUUACAGAGUGUAAACAUGUGUUUAAAGGGUUAACGUCGUUGGUAGACGUUGGUGGUGGCACUGGUACUGUGUCUAUAGCCAUAGCCAAAGCUUUUCCCAACAUAAAGUGCACAGUACUUGAUCUCCCUCAGGUUGUAGGUGACCUAAAAGGAAGUGGGAAUUUGGACUUCGUUAGAGGAGAUAUGUUUGAUACGAUUCCUCAGGCUAAUGCCAUCUUACUCAAGUGCGUUCUACAUGACUGGAAUGAUGAAGAUUGUGUGAAGAUACUGAAGAAAUGCAAAGAGUCAAUUCCAAGUCGGGAAAAAGGAGGGAAAGUAAUAAUCAUAGAUACGGUCCUGGAGGAUCCGAACCAGAGCAAUGAGUUUGUUCGAGCACAACAUAAUAUGGAUAUGUUGAUGAUGGUUCUUUUUGCUGCCAAAGAGAGAGCUGAGAAAGAGUGGGAGAAGCUCUUCAAUGAAGCUGGUUUCACUGAAUACAAAAUAUUUCCCGCUCUAGGUUUAAGGUCUCUUAUUGAAAUUUACCCUUAAAUGAGAGAUGUUUGAGAGUGCUUGCAUGUUUCUUUACUUUAAUUGUAAUGAUUUUGGGUUCACCAACGCUCCAUUUUAAUCUAUAUGACC